AUGAGCGGCAGCUCGAACCAGUCUACUCGUACGAGUCCAGGCUCCUUCGGAACGACGCAGCGCACCGAAUCCGUCUCAUCUGGUUCCUCGCCGACCCAACUUCAUUCCCGCGCGUCCGCGACGACUCAGCAUGCGAUGUCGACCGACGUGUAUAGCCCGUCUGUCUCGCAAGCGCCCGCAUCGCUAGCCCCCACUUUCACCCACCCCUUCUCGCCUCUCGGCCCUUCCACCUCCUUCGACGGCGGUAUGCGCCUCGGCGAUUCCGACCGCAACUUCCAGGGCCUUAACGGCCUGGGACGCGCGGGGAGCGGUGGCGCCAUUUUGAUGCGCAAACUCCCGCGCAACACCAGCCGUGAAGCCCUCCGCAGCAUGUUGCUCUUCGCCAAGGAUUUCGUCGAUGCCGAUUUCAUCAACUCCGACCAUCCGGAAGACGACGGGUUUUUGAGCGCGAUCGCGCGCUUCAACACGGUCCCCGCCGCUGAAGAGGCACGCGCCCUCCUCGAUGGGAAGCCCAACUCGAAAAACGACGCGAACAUGGUUGUUGAGAUGUACCCUGGCGCCGUGGGCUCCAACCUUGCGAACACACGUCGCAACACGAUUGAUCACACCGCGAGAGGCGGGUUGCUAGGUGGAGUCGCAUCCAACGGCCCCUUGUCACGCCAGUCUUCCCGUUUCAAUGGCACCUUCCAGAGCCUGGAGAGAUUGUCCGCGAACAACCCGUCCGCGCAGGCCAUCGGCGAGGGCUUGCCUUCCGCAUCCGAGUCCGGCUCGCGCCUUCAUAAUCUCUUUUCUCCGCAGUCUCCCAUUGGCAACGGAGUUGGCGAUCUCCCGCGUGUGACCGGCAAGUCGAUGAUCGAUGAAGAUCCGGAUGAGGAGACUGGAGAGUUGCUCAAAGAUCCCGUUGGCUACGCGGAGAAUGGUCAUUCGAUUUCAGCCCAACGUCGCUCGACCAAUCCCCAAAUUCCGGCCGGUCGUUUCGCCAAUCUUUCUCUGUCGACGACCAUGUCUUCUCCCCCUCUGCCAAACUACGCCUCUGGCGGCCACGGGCAGCGCAUGAGCGGUAGUGGACCCCAGUCCGCCUACCCGGGCAACGUGAACCAGGGCCAUGGCUUCCCGUACAGCAGCCAGCACACUCCUCGGCACAGCCUUCCGGCUGCAAACCCUAAUGAUCUGAACCCCCCAUGCAACACAUUGUAUGUGGGUAACCUGCCACCGGACACGUCCGAGGAAGAGCUCAAGGCGCUUUUUUCCAAGCAGCGCGGCUAUAAGCGACUCUGUUUCCGCAACAAGCAGAACGGACCCAUGUGUUUCGUGGAGUUUGACGAGGUGGCCAUGGCCAGCAAGGCACUUAAUGAGCUUUACGGCUACAAAUUGUCCAACAGUGUCAAGACCGGCAUCCGCCUCAGUUUCUCAAAGAACCCACUGGGUGUGCGCUCCGGGCAGCCAGGCAGCAUGAACCCGGCCAACAUCUCCGGGCAAGGUGGGGCUCCCGGAGGCAGCAGCUUGAACGGGAUGCACAACCACAUGUUCUCGUCAGUAAGUGGUCCGCCUCCGGGCCUAGCAGCUCCCCCGGGCCUCGCCAUGCCCAUGCCUGUUCGCAACGGCAGUGCUUCCAUGCACUCUCCGGGACAUCCGCACAUGGCUAAUAACGGCUCGUUCAACCACAACUCGGGUCUGGGGAUUCGCACCAACGGAGUCAAUCAAAUGAUGUCGCCGCCUCCGCCUCCCGGAGGCCCGGCCGGCAACAACGCGGAGCCCAACAUGAACGGCUUCAACUCCUUCUACCCCGAUUACAUGAUGGGCCGCUGA